UCUAUUUACCCAAGUUAGAGAUAAGGGCCUGUGGAAACAUGAAGAGGGUAAACAGCUGUGUGAAGAGCAAUGAGCAUGUCCUGGAAGAGUUGGAAACAGAAGGGGAGAGGCAGCUGAAAAGCCUCCUUCAGCAUCAACUUGACACCUCUGUGUCCAUUGAGGAAUGUGUAUCUAAGAAAGAGAGCUUUGCUCCUGGUACUAUGUACAAGCCUUUUGGGAAGGAAGCAGCAGGGACUAUGACUUUGUCCCAGUUCCAAACACUACAUGAGAAGGACCAGGAAACUGCUUCUCUCAGGGAACUAGGGCUCAAUGAAACAGAAAUCUUGAUCUGGAAGAGCCAUGUUUCAGGUGAAAAGAGGACGAGACUGAGGGCAACCCCUGAAGCAAUACAGAACUGUCUUCAAGAUAUUGAAGAAAGGAUCUCAGAGCAUCAGCGCAUCCUUUGCCUGCCACAGAGAUUUGCAAAGAGCAAACAGCUGACCCGACGAGAAAUGGAAAUAGAAAAGUCUUUAUUUCAGGGAACUGAUCGUCACUCCUUCCUUAAGGCUCUUUAUUACCAAGCAUACCACAAAAAGACAAGUGCAGACAAGUACAUGACCUCAAUGAAGAGGAAGAUAAAAUUAGGCACAAAAGAUGAAUCCCAAAAGAAGAACAAAGGUGAUCCUAUGAACAACCUGGAAAGUUUUUACCAAGAGAUGAUAAUGAAAAAACGUCUUGAAGAGUUCCAUCUUAUGAGAGGUGAACCCUUUGCUUCCCACUCACUGGUCUCAGCUGCAUCAGUGGGAGAUAGUGGCACAGCUGAGAACCCGCCAUUACUCCAGGACAAGGGAGAACAGGCAGCACAGGGUAAAAGUCCCAGUCUCCAUGUGGCAAAAGUUAUUGAUAAUUCACCUGAGCAGUGUUGGACUGGGCCUAAGAAGCUGACGCAGCCAAUAGAAUUUGUCCCAGAAGAUGAGAUCCAGAGAAAUCGUUUGUCAGAGGAAGAGAUCCGAAAAAUUCCUAUGUUUUCUUCAUAUAAUCCAGGGGAGCCAAACAAGGUGUUGUACCUGAAGAACCUUAGCCCUCAGGCAACUGAACAAGAUCUUGUCUCAUUGUUCGCUCGGUUCCAGGAGAAAAAAGGACCUCCAGUUCAAUUUAGAAUGAUGACUGGACGAAUGAGGGGACAAGCUUUUAUCACCUUUCCCAAUAAGGAGAUAGCAUGGCAAGCAUUUCAUCUAGUAAAUGGAUAUAAACUACAUGGGAAAAUAUUGGUAAUAGAAUUUGGAAAGAACAAAAAGCAACAGUCAGAUCUCCAGGCUGUGUCUCUCAUAUCACCUGCUACAGAAAGCACUACAGAAAUUAGUAGUAGCUAGAAGAUAUAUACAUUGUGAUCCCAGGAGGUAUUUUUUGCAUCAGAAUCUUUGAUCUAGGAUUUCUAUAUAGAUAGGAGUUUGUUUGGAAUUGAAGAGGAGAAACUGAAGAAGAGAAGAAUCUAAUUAAGAUAAUCCCUUUAGCUUUUACAAAGAAUUGGUAGAAAGCAUCUUUAUAAUCAAAGACUCUAUAGGACAGACUAGAUGCUGAGUCUGAAGUGUAUGGUACAAAGAGUAUCAUUUUCUUAGGAUAAAUUAUAAAGGAUUGUUUCCAAGGAUUUAACAAAAUAUUUAUAGUUUAUCUGUGGUUUCAAAGAGUUGUCCCUUGAGAUAAUAUUGUUUCUAAGACUGUCUCCUAUAUACAGAACUAAAUGUUGAAACUAAAAACCUAAAUGUUGAAAUAUUUAUUUAUUAGAGCCCAUUUGUCCCUAAUUGUAUUCAUGUAGUAAAUAAAUCACCAGGAUCCCAGGUCUAAACAUCAACAAAUGCUGUUAAAUGAGAACUAUUGGCAGUAACAGUAGUUUCAUAAGUCAGUACACAUAUUUAAUGAAUACUUCCCAUUAAGUUAUCAGUGCUUUCAAUAAGCCAUAUAUUUUUCUAAUGAAAGCAUCUAGAUGUAAAUAUUGAUGUUCUCCUGGUCAGUUAUAGCUAGCUACCACUGAAUAAUCAUUGAAUUCAAAGCAAUAACCAUCAGAUAAGCAUCUAAUAUAUGUUAGGUAUUAGGUAUAUGCAUUUAAGAGGAACAUACUGGCAAAAAAUACUAAAGGGCAGAUGGGAGGAAAGAGUUCUCUAGAAGAGAGGCAGCCAAUCCCAAAUACCCCAGUUGUUUAUUUAUAGUUGCUGAAGAAUAGAAAGACAAUAAGGUAUAGAGAAGGUAGUACAAACUUUAGACUCAGAUCUGUGUUUGAAUUUCAUAGCCACUCCAUGACCUUGGGAAGUCACUUAACCUAAACCUCAGUUUUCUCAUCUAUAAAAUGAGGAAAAUAAUACUACUUACCUUGUUGGAUAGUGAGAAUUCAAUGAGAUGGUAUUAUCCAGAUUACAGAGCAGGAAAAAAAAGAAGGAAAAACUGAACAGAGUAGAGGACCAUUAACCCUGCAGAAGUCACAGUCAAAAUAAUUACAGCAUACAUCUCAUCUAUCCCAGAGAUAUAUUCAUUACUAGUAUAUGCUAAAAUGUGAAAAAAAUUAAAAACACAGAUUUGUAUUUAUUAUAUUUAUAUAAUAAAAUACAUGAUUUUUAAUUUAUUUUCAGUUAAUCUAAAAUUUAAAGAAAUAUAAAACAUAAAGAAUAAUUUUUCUUUUUCAAAAAACAGAAACAUGGAUAUUGCUAAAAAUACAACCGAAAAAGUCUGUAAUGUUAAUUAAUCAAAAUCUUCAUAGUUGGAAAAAAAAAAUCUUCAUAGUUGGCUUUGCCAAACAUUUGUAACGGUCAUUGAAAACAAUAUUGCUAUGCUCAAGGCAUACAUAAUUUUCACAACACUGGCAAAAAUAUUUUGAUAAGCACCUCAUUUUGGAUGCAUAGCACCUAACAUACCUUCAAAACAUGUUAUAACCCAACUGAUGGCUUAAAGGUCAUGGUUUAACAUUAGUCAUGUACAAACAUGCAGCUAGUCAUGACCUUGAACCUACUAUGCACCUGGUAUAUGUAAUAAUAUUUAAGAGAACAGUUUGUAUCUCUCAGAUCAGCCACAACCUCUUCAGGGUUAAGUACUCCAACAUACUCAUAACUGGAGUACCAGAAAAAAGAGAAAAGAAAGAAAGCAGAAAGAAAUUCUAAUAAAUAAUGGAUGUAAACAUCCAAAAUUUGAUGAGAAAUAAUAUCUACUAAUCCAAGGAUUUCAGCAAACCCCAAGUACAGUAAACAAGAAGAAAUCCACAGAUACAUUGUAAUAAAAAAUGCUAAAACAAAGACAGAAAAUUUGGAAGCAACAUGAAAAAAAUGAACCAUUACUCUCAAUGGGACCCCAAUAAGAUUAAUAGCUGAUUUCUCAUCAGAAAUAAUGGAGAUGGCAGUGGGAUGACAUAUUCAAGGUGCUUAAAGAAAAAACUCAAUAUAGAAUUCUGCAUCCAAUAAAACUAAUUUUCAAAAAUGAAAUCAAAUAAAGACAUCCCCACAUAAUCAAACACUGGAAGAAUAGGUUGCUGGUGCACCUGAUUUACAGGAAAUAUUAAAGGAAAUUCAGGUGGGAAGCAAGUGACCUUAGACAGUAACUUCAAUCUAUACAUAUAAAAAUAUAGCAUGGGUAAAGUUAAUUAUGUAAUUAUAAAAGUGCAUCUAGGUGCAUUUUCCUUUAUUUUAAUUGAUUUAAAAAACAAUUUUAUAAAACAGUAUGUAUAUAGUUGUCCUUUGGGGCCUAUAACAUAUGAAACUAUUGCCAAUAACAGGACAAAAAACAAGGGUGGAAGCAAAACUUAAAGAACUGACUCCAGAUGGUAACUCAAAUCCACUGAAACAAAUGAAGAAAAUAAAAAAUGGGAAAUAAAGUUAUUAAAAAGCUAUAAAUAUGUACUUACUCUUCUCUCACCUUUAAAAGACAAAAUUAUAUUCAAUUAUAAUGUAUUGUUGGAUUUAUAACAGAAAUAUUAUCUAUAACAAUAUAAAGAAAUAGAAAAAUGAAUAGGUUUAUAUAGGAAUAAGGUUUUAAUGUCUCAUUGGGAUUAUGAUAUAUUUGAAGCCAAUUCAGUUAAGACAUGCAUGGUAAACCCUUAGAGCAACAACUAAGAAAUAACUGAAAAUAGUGAAAAUAUUAUUAAACAGAUUUAAGUGUCGCAAUAUAAAAAUUUCAUGGUAAAGCCAUACAAAAAGAGUAAUGGAGAAAUAAAAACAAGAAAAACUUGAGACAUACAGAAAACAAACAGCCCUGGCUGGUGUGGCUCAGUAGAUUCAGUGCUGGCCUUCAAACUAGAGGGUUGCUGUUUCAAUUCCUAAUCAGGGCAAAUACCUGGGUUGCCAGCAGGUCCCCAGUAGGGACCUUACAUAGGUGACCACACAUUGGUGUUUCUCUCUCUCUCUUUCUCCCUCCCUCCCCCUCUGGUCUGAAAAUAAGUAAAUAAAAGUUUUAAAAAAGAAAAACAGUAAAUUGGCACUCCUAAAUACACCUGUAUGAAUAAUAACAAUAAAUAUGCAUGGAUUAAACAAUGCAAUCAAAAGGCAGAGGUUGUCAGACUGUGAGGGGGAAAUAGGAUUUACCUCUAUACUAUUUAUCAGAGUCAUACUUUAAAUUAAAGGUGCAAACAGAUUAAAGGUAAAAAGAUAGAAAAAACAUCAGGCAAAUGGCACCUAUAGGAAAGCUGGAGUGGCCAUACUAAUAAUAUCAGACAAAGUGAUUUUAAACAAAGGCUGCUAUUAGAGAUAGAGAGUAACAUAUAUUAACAAUAAAGGAUUCAAUACAUCAGAAAGAUAAAAAAUUGUAAAUAUAUAUGCUCUUAACAACAAAGCACCAAAAUACAUGAAUCAAAAUUGAACUGAUAAAAGGGGGAAAUAUUCAAGUCUACAAUAAGAGUUGGGGAAUUUAAUACCCCAUUUUCAAUAACAAUGGACAGAAAAUAACAAUGAAUUAAAAGACUUGAAAAAUGCUAUAAAUUAUGUGGACCUUAAACAGAUCAAUCAUGUAGACUUUAAAGAGAUCUAUAGAACACUCCACACAAGAGCAGAAUACACAUUCUUCUCUAGUGUACAUGAAAUAUCUUCAGGAUAUACCAUAACACAAACCUGAAAUUUAAGUGAACUGAAACCAUGCAAACUGUUCUCUGAUUACAUGGAAUAAAACUAGAAAUCAAUAACAGAAAGUUGGGAAACUCACAAAUGUGAAUUAAAUGCACUUAAAUGACCAAUUAGUUAAAGGAGAUAUCAUAAGGGAAAUAAGGAAAUCUUUUUAGGUGAGUGAAAAUGAAGACAACAUACCAAGACUUAUGGGAUGCACCUAAAGCAAUACUUAGAAAAGUAUAAGUACAAAUGCCUAUGUUGUUAAAAAGACCACAUAUUGGUAACCUCACUUUCUACCUUAACAUACUGGAAAAAAAGCAAACUAAACCUAGAGCACACAGAAAAAAGAAGAAAAAUUAGUAAAUGAUGUGGAGAAUAGCAAAGCAACAAUGUCAAUGAAACCAAAAUUGGGUCUAUGAAAAUCUCAACAAAAGUGACAAACCUUUUGCUAGAUUGACCAGGAAAAAAUGGAAACCCAAAUUACUAGACUCAGAAAUGAAGAAGGGAUGUUACUACCAACGUUAUAGAAAUAAAAAAGGAUUUGAAGGAACACUAUAGAUAAUUGUAUACCAAGAAAUAUACACUAACUACAGAAACCAAUAAAAAAAUCUGAAAAGACCUAUAACAAGAUGUUAAUUAGUAAUUUUUUAAAUACCCACAAAGAAAAGCCAAGGCCCCUGGCUGGUGUAGCUCAGUGGAUUGAGCACGGGCCUGCGAACCAGACAAUCGCGGUUCGAAUCUCAGUCAGGGCACAUACAGGGGUUGCAGGCUGGUUCCCUGCAGGCCAGUUCCCAGCAGGGGAGGCACAAAAAGGCAACCAUACAUUGAUGUUUCUCUCCCUCUCUCCUUCCCUUCCCAUCUAAAGAUAAAUUAAAAAAAAAAAAGCCAAGGCCCAAAUGGCAUCUCAAAUGAAUUCUAGUAAACAUUAAAGAAUACAGACUCUUCACAAACUCUUUCAAAAAGUAAAAGGAGGGAACACUUCUGAUAGAUGCUACAAUGUGUAAAAAACAUGAUAAAUCAAAUAACAGUCACAAAAGACUAUAUAUUAUAUGAUUCCACUUAUAUGAAGUGUCUAGAAUUGGCCAAUACAGAGAAAGUAGAUUAGUGAUUGCUUAGGACUGAGGGUGAUACCUGAAGAGUAUGAGAUUUCUUUAGAGGUUGAUGAAAGUGUUCUAAAAUUGAUUGUGGUCAUGAUUGUACAACUCUGAUAUUCUACAAUCAACUUUAAAUGAGUAAAUUUUAUGGUGUGUGAAUUAUAUCUCAAAGUCAUAAAAAAAUUGAAUACAACCCAAAUGUCCAUCAGUAGCAGAAUGGAUGAAUAAAUAAUAGAAUAUCCAUUUAGUGUACAGCCAUUGAAAUAAUGGGAUAUAUGUAUGAAUAUAGUCUGAACUGUUUGGUGUCCAGGGUUUUAUAUUAAGUUAAAAAGCAAGUAAUAUGUACAGUUGUUCCUUAAACAACUAUGGUUUCAACUAUGCAGGUCCAUUUAUAUGUGGAUUUUUUCAAUAAGUACCUGUAAUAUUUUUAUCUGUGGUUAGGAUUCCAUGGAAACAGGGCUGACUAUGUAUUGAUCUACACUGUUUUAUAUACAGGACUUGAACAUCCACAGAUUUUAUUUUAUUUUUUAUUUUAUUUUAUUGAGCAUCUAUGUAUUUUAGUAUUUGCAGGGGGUGCUGUAACCAGCCCUUCACGGAUAUCAAGGGGCAACUAAGUUUUUGGUGUAUCAAAAGUUAUAUGUGGACUUCCAAAUGUGGGAUGUCAGAGCCCCUAACUCCCUCAUUGUUCAAAGGUCAACUGUGUAAUAUCAAUACAUUUUUGUAAACAAAAACAUUUGUGUACAUAUAUAGUAUAUGUAUAUAUUUCUAAUUAUAGGAAAAUCUGGGAAAUAUACAUACCAAAUUACAAACAUUUUAGAGUUGGGAUUGGAUGGGAAGAAAUUUUUAAAGUCACAUAGUUUGAUGGUUUUUUUUUUUACUUUGUUCAGCAUUUUCUUUAAUUAAAAAAAUUUUUUUUUAAUAUUCUGUCAAUGAUGACUCCCAGACCAUGUAUCAGGCCUGCUCUGAGGAUAUAAUCUAACUAUACUCAGGACAAACUCAUUCUUUUGAUAUACUGCACACUUAGGAUUAAGUCUCCUAUUUUAAAUAUAGUUUAAGGGACAAGAAGUUAUCCUGUUAUAACCUCUUGGACAUGGUACCCAGGGACAUACUUCUAACUUAUACUUCUCAGAAGGAAUUUCUUCCUGCUGAGUGGAAAACCUUACCUCUGCCCUUUUCUCGACCUACAACCACCAAUACUAGAGGAAGAUUAAAAUGAAUUAUGACUUUCAACUGGUGCAUAGAUAAACUGUAGUAUAUUCAUGGAAUCCUACUCAGCAAUAAAAACUAUGAUGAACAAUGACACAUAUGCAACAACUUGACUGAAUCUGAAAUGUAUUUUGCUAAGAGAAGACAAGCUCAAAAUGCUACUUACAGUUUGAUUCCACAUAUAUGAUAUUCUGAAAAAGAAAACUAGGAAUAGAAGAAAUCAGUGGGUGUCAGGGGUUAAAAAUGCCAUACUGAUGACAAAAUGGUAGCACAGGAAUUUGUCUUAAUAACAGAAUUUUCUGUAUCUUGAUUAUACUUGCCUGAGUGUAUGCAUUUGUUAAAACUUCUAUAAUUAUACAACAAAAAUGAUUAAUUUUACUGUAUGUGAAUUUUCAAAUAAAUGUAAUUUUUAAUGUAGGAAAGAAAAAGUUUCUCAAAAUCAUUUCUAUAAAAUAGUUUCUAUUCUUUGGUCUUUUGAUUUUUAUUGAAGACUUAAAGCCACUUGGCUAUCCUUCCUUAUUUUCUGCCCACAGGUCAGCAGAAAUCGUCAGUUAAAAUCAUCCUAUAUACACAUACACACACAAACCUACCAUUAAAAAUAUCAACAGAAACAGGAAAAUAAUUUGGUACUCAGGAGAUUAUUUUCUUAACAUAAAAUGUAUACAAUUUUCUUAAUAUAUUAAAGCCAUUAUUCCAAUUAAAAAUAGAUAAAUGAAUAUUUAUAAAAACUGAAAUGUAAAUGACUGAUAAGCUAAGAAAAAAUGCUCAGAGUAGUAAUACACAUCAGGACAAUGAGCACUCUUAGAAGUCACAAAAAUAGUAGAAGAGUUUCUAUAUAUCCUUCACCCGAUUUCCCCUAAUGUUAACAUCCUACAGAACAGUACAAUUAUCAAAACCAGAAAAAUAAUAUUGAUAAUGCAGUGGUAACUAUUUUACAGAACCCAUUUGAUUUUUCUACUUUUCCCACCAAUGUCCUUUUAUGAUCCAAAACCAGGGUUCUUUAAUUCUUUUAAUUUUUUAAACUACAGUUUACAUUCAAUAUUUGUAUUUGUUUCAAGUAUAAAGCAUAGCAGUUAGAUCCUUAUAAGAUCCAAUUUGGGAUCCCACAUUGCAUUUUGAUAUCAUGUAUCCUUAUUCCUUUGCUAUCUGUGACAGUUCUCACUCUGUUUCUGAUGACCUUGCCAAUUUUGAAGAGUACUAGUCUGUUAUUUUGUAUAAUGUCCAAAAUUGGGAUUAGUCUGAUGUUUUUCUGUAAUUAGAUUGAGGUUGUACAUUUUUGGUACGAAUACCACAGAAGUGAUGUCCUUUUUAGUGUAUUAUAUCAGGAGGUACUUGCU